AAAACUCAAAGUGUACACUUGAAAUAAUGUCGGUGUAGCCUAUAAAGUGUUUUAAAAUUAUCAUUGUGUUUAAAUGGAUAUGUAAUUUUUCCCCUUUUUUUCAACCUUGAUUUCAAUUAAUACUUUGAAUUUGAUGUUCGUUAGUGGGAGUAAUAUACAACGGCAUUCCUAAUUUUAAAAAUAUGGCUGCCGUACCAAGUAUAGGAAGGAGACGAUAAUAAUUCCUUUUGUAAUUCUAGUGAUUGUCUUUGUUUAAAAGUUAAUUUUAUAUUGCCCAGACUCCAGCAUCACUUCACCUGACCAAUAGGGAAAAGAAUUAGGAUUAACACUUUUCACUAUGGAUGGGGGUGAAAGUGUUCGGUCUGUCAGAAGUGAGAGAUCAGAGCGAUCACAUAGAAGUCAUGGAAGUCAUCAUGGGAAUGGUGGCCACAGGCAUCAAGCUAGGCCACAGAUUCCUUCACGUCCUGGUAGUAAUAGGGCAAUAUCAAGAGGUCAGAGCCAUGACACUGACAGAGAUGAUCGUUCAGUGACAAUAAAGACUCCUGGUCAAGAGAUGGACAUGGACAGGGGAGAAGAGAGAAUUGAAGUUCAGGUGAUUCCCCAAGAUGACAACUGGGGCGACAACACUACAGCUAUCACAGGCAAUACAAGUGAGACUGGUUUCUCUAUGGAGGACUUGAACAAGUUUGUCAUCAAGGACUCAGAUAGUCAGGCUGGUAUCAACUGUGCAAGAUAUGUGGGCACUGCAUUAACUGUUGGUCUGAGUGUGAUAGCAUUCUUAUCUCCCAUUGCCAUGCUGUUGCUGCCAAAGCUGGAUGUUGUUCAACUGGAUGAUAUGCUUUGUAAGCCAGCCUGCGAGGGACUUCUCAUUAGUUUUGCUUUCAAGCUUUUGGUGCUGUUGGUUGGAGCUAUUGCGCUAUUCUUUAGGAAGCCUAGAGCUACAAUGCCCAGAGUGUUUGUCUUUAGAGCUGUAGUCCUGUUCUUAGUCUUUGUCUUGACUUUUGCUUUCUGGUUGUUUUACGGAGUCAGGAUAUUUAAAGAAAAACAAGGAACAUAUGAGGGUAUUGUUCAGUUUGCUCUAAGUCUUGUGGACAGUCUUUUGUUUGUCCACUACAUAGCCAUCAUUUUGCUAGAGAUCCGCCACUUGCAACCCCAGUUUGCCAUCCGUGUGGUGAGAUCCCCUGAUGGUGAAGCCCGGGUCUAUAGUGUUGGAGUGUUGAGUAUCCAGAGGGCAGCUGUUCAUAUAUUGGAGAAUUAUUAUAGAGAUUUUGAUACCUACAAUCCCUAUCUAGAGAAUGUCACCAAGAAACACAGUAAACACUCCAGCACAGCUUUUAAAGUGUAUGACAUCGAUGGCAAUGCUCAGAACCAACCUGGCCAACAAGGACGCAACAGGCCAGUGUUUCCUGCUCAAAACCGCCGGAGAGAGGCGGGGCACAAUGACAGGUUCUAUGAUGAGCAGGAGUAUGAGAGGCGUGUCCGUAAGAGAAGAGCUAGACUCCUGGUGGCUACAGAGGAGGCUUUCACUCACAUCAAACGUUUACAUGAUGAACAGAGUCCUGCAAUACCCAUGGAUCCUAAUGAGGCAGCAGCUGCUGUUUUUCCAUCUUUGGCCAGAGCCUUGCAGAAGUACUUGAGGGUCACACGACAGCAACCUAGAUACACCAUGGAUGCUGUCCUGAGCCACCUUGCUUGCUGCAUUUCACAUGAUAUGAGCCCGCGAGCAUUUGUAUCACAGUACCUGACACAAGGGGCUGUGGUUUGUGGCAAUGAGCAAGAGGUUAAGAGCACAGAGAGAUGGGUACUGGUCUGCGAACAGUUGCUGACCAGAGAGCUGGACAAUAGGAUGGUGUUUCAGCUCAAGAAGGGUCCAGUGUCAUUGCUCUGCACUGUCACCAAAAUCCCACAUUUCAGUCUGACAGAGGAGAUGCUUCAUCCAAAAUCAAACAAAUUUGUCUUGAGAUUAAAUUCUGAGACUUCUGUAUGAUCCAUUGACAGUGUUUUCUGAAAAGUUUGUGCAGUUUUUGCUAAAAAAAAAAACAAAAAUAAAAAUCUGACUUAAUGACUGCCUAUUGGCUGGUCAAAACUGUUGGUUGUGAUUCAUCUGGUCAUUGCCUGACCUUCUCAUCACAUAACAUUGAAAUCAUGUGUCAUGUUUUAUCUCAACAUUGACUGCACCUGUCAUCAUGUAGGAGCUUAACCGAAUCCUUCAAUUAUUAACAGUGUAAAUAAAAACAUACUGUGGAGUUAUUGUGUCAGUUACAAAUAGUCACACUCAUCUGGAGAAACAAAAAGCAUUUCAUGUUUUUUUGUUGAAUUUUUUUUAAAGUGUCAACAUUAGAUAACCUUUUGUUUUUCUUUUAAUUAAGAUAUUUUACUUUUUUGUCAUUACAGAUCUUAAAAAAAAAGUUGCUUGGAGAUUUAAAUGUUACUUUAUUGUUACUUGAAGCCAUAUAUCUUUUAAGAAUGUAGCAGUUAAAAUACAAAUGCUGCGUAGUAGAAAUACAGUGUGUGGACCUGGCCCAGUCAAGUUUUAAUUUUUGUAGCAGAUAUAAUGUAUACAUAAGGAGGAUUGUUUUCUAUCAACAUAAUUUUUUUUAUGGUUGUUUUAAGUUGAUGGAAAUCUGACUCUUUUGAUCACAUAUUUGAUAAUGUCUACUUAAAAUAUUGUAUGACCUUUAUGAUGUGUGAAAUGCUGUCAAAUAGCGCAUUACAAAUUGCUGUCCAACUUAACCAGCUGGGAUUACACGACCUUUGCAACAGUGAGCAUUGCCGUCUGUGAUCACUGUCCAGGAUUAUUUGGGUUUCCCAAAAGACUUGUGUAGAUAAUGUGAGCGUUGGUGCAUUCAGAAUGGCAAGUUAGUGAAAUUGUGCACCUUUUUGUGGCAGAUUAUUUGCUGGAAUGUUUGAAUCUGUAAUUCUGUUCAUUGUUCUAGGAAAGUAGCUGUUGUGCUCGGGAUCCAGCCAUUAGUCUCAUAGAGGAUUUAUUAAUAUGUAAUGCAAUGUGAAAGAUAUUUUAAUGGAAUGAUAGUGAAGGGAUGGGACAGGUUUGAAAGCAAUAGCAAAGAUAGUGUUUACUCAAUCCAAUCUUCCAACAAGUGUAGCCAUUAUUUAUCAACCACAUUUCUCAGAAUGCUAUGCACAUACUAUAUAUAUUAUAUAUGUAAACAUAGACCUAUUUAUUGAUAACAUACCAGGUGUGAGUUGAGUCUUAACUUUUGUAAGGAUCUGAUUUUUUGUUUGCUUAUAUGAUGCUGUUUUUAUACAUGAUCUUUUGAUAGGAAGUACAAAUCUCUGCUCUGUCUCAUUUUGAAGAUAAAACCUUUCCAGGCUCAGGGGCUCUGUUGUUGAAUUUGUCAAGCAUUGAACAUCAAAAGUAAACAUUAAGAUCAACUUGUGGUGUCAACUCAUCAUUUUUUCAUGUCAGUUCUCUGUGACUCGAAGUCCCCACCACUACUCAUGUAGAUUUAAUUUAUAUAUUUUCAUUGCUGUGUGCAAUUUAUUGAACUAUUUUUUUAAUAUCAGAUUUUUUAACAACCUAUUUGUAGUUUUUUUUUUAAUUUGUACUCUUUUGUUUUGAUACAAAUUUGCCUUCAUUGUCAAGCAAAACAUUUUGUUUGCACCUUUAAAGUUUUAGUUGCAAAAUGAAAUAUUUUCAAAUGACAUACAGCCUUCCAUUAGCCAUAGAGUGUGUAAUGUGUGGUAAUCCUCUACUUAAGAAGCUUUAAAUCAUUGAGUGUAAAUGUUGAUGAGGGGGAUUGACUGUGAACCCACUAACACAACUUUACAUGUAGUCAUCAUUAUUAGUAGUUCAACAUAGCUAUUUGUAUUUCCAUGUACAUAAAGUUUUGUAAAGGAUGUAAAAACUAGACAGUAUGAGAUCUGAUACAGGCAUAAAUCCACACGUUCUAAAAUCUUUUUUGCUCUUUGUUAUUUACCUUGUCUAUUACAAUUAAAACAAAGAAAUGGUUGUGUCCAUUACACCAGUUUUUUAUAUAAAGUAAGAGAUGGUUGUGACCCUUGGUUACCAUCUAUUUAUUUUAACUUGUUUGUUGGCUGGUUGAUUUUUAUAUACAUUUUGAUGGGACAUAUGUUAGUGUGUUGUUGACAUUGUUUCUGCAUCAGUGAAUGACAUUAAUGUCAUUGAUGUUGUGUACCACCACCACCACCACCCUUUUUUUAAAAUAUAAUAUGGCAAUAAUAAAUUUAGUGUUUUUUUUUUUUAUACUUUACAAAGGGUGUUAUUGUUUUUCAGUCCCAACUUAUUUGAUCAUUGUUAUUAAACACACACUUAAACAGUGUAAUGUAUUUGUCUGAGAUUUCAACAUUCUGAUUAUCUCCCUUGAAGAAUCAAAUAAUUUUUGCUAUUGAUUUUGUUUACCAGUAUAUUAUUAUUAUUAUUUUUUUUAAUGAAAUAAUUUUAAUUUUAUUAGGACUGAAGUUAAUGUUGUUUUUGUUUUUUUUUGCUUGUAAUUUUCUAAAAUGUGUAUGUUUUUUUGUGUUCAAAACCUAAUUUGUCUGCUAUAUUUUGUGUGCAUAAAAGAUUUGUGUGUGUGUGUGUAGACUUCCGUUCAUUGUCAAGAUUGUUCAGAUGUAACUUGUUCUUAGUGUGUAAUGAUUAGCUGAGGGGGAGACCUAGUUGAUAUUACGAGGGGAAGUAUUGUCAAUGUGGUGAAAACAGUGUCCUGGCUGCCGACUUUGUGACUUAGCAGGGGGAAGCUAUGUCAUAGUUGGGAUACCACAGCUGAUUUGGUAGAUAUUGUUUAUUCCAAGUUUGAAGAAAGUUUAGGUCUAUGAAAGAACAGUCCAAGCCAUUGUCUGCCAUAUAACACUAGUCUGGUGGUAAGCUUCAUUGGGGGUAAUAAAUGUUGGGACCAAUACAUGUGAUGCUCAGAUGUUUUCAGAAGAGGAUAUUAGCUGUAAGAUUUGGAAUUUAGUAAACAGUGCUUUUGUCAGUGGCAUAUGUCCAGUCCUAUUUCAGUUAUUUUUUUAGUUGUAUCAUACUGUAGAGUUCUGUUGUAAUCAUAUCCAAUGCUGUAACAUCUCAUUAUGUGUAUAAAUAUGUACAUAUCUUUAUGUUUCAUUGUUUAAGUUGGAAUACUAAUUGAUAUGCCUGAGUUGUGAUCUGUUCACGUGUGUACGGGAGAUAGUGGGCAUCAGGUGACCAGUGUCUGUGAGGCCUGUUGUAGAUUCAUGAAUGUAUUCUUAGCUUAUGAACUGUGUGGAUGUGAUUGGACAAUGACCUCUAAAUGACCAGUGUCCACCUAAUUCAGCUGUAUAAAUAUUUACAAAAUGAGAAGACAUGAAUGUAUACAACAAACUGUUUCAUUAAAACUGAUUGAAAUAGUG